GUGGGUCGGUCGCACGCGCCGCGGGACGGAGGGACGGACGCCAGCCGCGCCGACCGGAGCGUGCGCCCCGCGACCGGGGGCGCCGUCCAGGCGCGCGCCCCCGACCCGCGACCGGACCGGGGCGAUUGGCGCCCCGCACCGACGCGCCCCUCAGCAUGGAGCGCCCCCGGGGGCUGCCCUGAGGCGGCGGCGGCGAUGCAGGCAGCGCGGCGGCUGCCGGGGCCAGAAACGGCCGCCCGGAGCUCGGAGGACGCGGAGCGCGCCGCGCCCGGGGCACUGACCGAGGGCCUUCCAGCCGUUGAGUCCUCUCCAGCUGCUGCCUGGGAAAUGGCAGCUGCUGCUCGUGCAGCCUUGAAGACAGUCACUUGCCUGGUGAGCACCGUCACUUAGGAGACAGGAUUCCAGAGGAGCUGUCCCGCCUGGAGCUGGCCCGGGGGCGAGCUGGGGUCCCACCGCCCCCGCCCCCGGGAUGACCGCAUCUGGCCGUGCCAACCCCUACAGCAUCGUGUCGUCCGAGGAGGACGGGCUGCACCUGGUCACCAUGUCGGGCGCCAACGGCUUCGGCAAUGGCAAGGUGCACACUCGGCGCAGGUGCCGGAACCGCUUCGUCAAGAAGAACGGCCAGUGCAACAUCGAGUUCGCCAACAUGGACGAGAAGUCGCAGCGCUACCUGGCCGACAUGUUCACCACCUGCGUGGACAUCCGCUGGCGCUACAUGCUGCUCAUCUUCUCGCUGGCCUUCCUUGCCUCCUGGCUGCUGUUCGGCGUCAUCUUCUGGGUCAUCGCCGUGGCCCAUGGGGACCUGGAGCCGGCCGAGGGCCGCGGCCGCACGCCCUGCGUGCUGCAGGUGCACGGCUUCAUGGCGGCCUUCCUCUUCUCCAUUGAGACGCAGACCACCAUUGGCUACGGGCUGCGCUGCGUGACCGAGGAGUGCCCGGUGGCCGUGUUCAUGGUGGUGGCACAGUCCAUCGUGGGCUGCAUCAUCGACUCCUUCAUGAUCGGCGCCAUCAUGGCCAAGAUGGCGCGGCCCAAGAAGCGCGCGCAGACGUUGCUGUUCAGCCACAACGCGGUAGUGGCGCUGCGCGACGGCAAGCUCUGCCUCAUGUGGCGCGUGGGCAACCUGCGCAAGAGCCACAUCGUGGAGGCCCACGUGCGGGCCCAGCUCAUCAAGCCCCGGGUCACGGAGGAGGGCGAGUACAUCCCGCUGGACCAGAUCGACAUCGACGUCGGCUUCGACAAGGGCCUGGACCGCAUCUUCCUGGUGUCGCCCAUCACCAUCCUGCACGAGAUCGACGAGGCCAGCCCGCUGUUUGGCAUCAGCCGGCAGGACCUGGAGACGGACGACUUUGAGAUUGUGGUCAUCCUGGAGGGCAUGGUGGAGGCUACGGCCAUGACCACACAGGCCCGCAGCUCCUACCUGGCCAACGAGAUCCUGUGGGGCCACCGCUUUGAGCCUGUCCUCUUCGAGGAGAAGAACCAGUACAAGAUCGACUACUCGCACUUCCACAAGACAUAUGAGGUGCCGUCCACGCCCCGCUGCAGCGCCAAGGACCUGGUGGAGAACAAGUUCCUGCUGCCCAGCGCCAACUCCUUCUGCUACGAGAACGAGCUGGCCUUCCUGAGCCGCGAUGAGGAGGACGAGGCGGACGGAGAGCAGGACGGCCACGGCCCCCAGGCCAGGCGCGACUUUGACAGACCCCAGGCCGGCACCGCCCUCGAUCAGCGGCCCUACAGACGGGAGUCCGAGAUCUGAGCCGCCAGCGGCCAAGGUGCAGCAUCCGCCCCGCCGGGGAAAGGCCCCGAGUCCCGCGAGGGCCCCGGGCCAGAGCGGCAUGGGCUUGGGCCCUGAUUGCAGACUCAGUAGCGUUUUAGAUGUUUUACAUUUCUUCACAGUGGCCUGGGAAUGUUGGUGGGAGAGCGGGUGGCCUGAGUGGCCUCUGAGGCCAGAGCAGGCCUGGGGGCGGGGAGGUGGCCUCCAGGGGAGGGGGGGGAGGUGGCCGGGCCACAGGAGCUGGGGGCUUCUGCCUCAGGGGGGAGCCACAGCCUCUCCAGAAACGGCUCACCAGCUGCCCGGCCUCUGUGGGCGAAGGCCCGCAGGCUGCAGUGCACCUCGCUGGUUUUUAACUUGGGGAGAAACACCGGGUUUUGGCUUUCUCAACCUUAGUUUAAGACUGUUUACAAAAAAAAAUUAACAUGUGAUUGAAAAAAAGUUUUAUAAUUUGAGGGGGGGUGGGAAAGGACAAUUAGAAUUCCAUUAGUCUGCCAGGAUGCAAGUAGCUGGGUGGGGUUUCCAGAAGGUUCCCGAGGCUGGGCUGGCCUCUCUUCCAUGAAGGCCGGGCACGUGGCCUGAGGGCAAGCACGGAGGUCAACCCCGCCUCCCCACCCCGUUGUGCUCUGUGCUCACGGGGUGAACUGGAUUUCCUUUGUGAUGGCAAAACCAAGACCUUGUUAAUGAUCAUAACAAAAGCUUUUCAGUGUCACUGGGGUGGGAGUCAGGGCCGGGAAGAAUCCAGUCUGAGCUUUUUAAGUUUGACUCUGUACCUCCUUUGAGGUGCAUCUCAGGGCCAGGAUGGGACCUGCCUGCGGUGGAAGGUCUGCUCCCCCCCCACCCAGCCCCACCCACCCUCCAUGACCCCAGCCCGCCGGAUUCUCCCUCCUUUUCUGCCCCGUGGCCUCCACCCCCUUCCCCAGAGAGGGCCAGCUGGGGAACGUAGGGGUGGAUGUCUCCACGGGAAGGGGGGCCAGCUUCCCCGACUCCAAGGAAGUGUUUCAGCCCGUCCCCGCGGGGCCCCAGCAUGAGUCGUGCCUUAGAGACCCUGGGGGGUCUGGCUCCAGUUGUCACUGUUUUUAUUGGACUCACCCAUCCUCCCUGCUGCCCCCGGCUCCACCAUGGCCCUCUGUCUGCGGAGGCCAGGCCGAGCCGGCACCCAUCCCGCCAAGGUGGGCAGCAGAGGUGAGCCUGGGUGGGGCCCAGCCAGGCUGUGCCCUGGUGCCGAACGCACAGGAACGUCCUAGGAGAGCUGUGGGCUGGUCAGCAGCCACAUCUGGGCACCUUGGUCAGGGAGCGGCUCGGGCCCCCUGAUUUGUCACUGGCUCUUGCCUCUGCCAACCCAAGAGCUGCCCAACGCAGGCUCGUUCCUGGCGAAGGAAACAGCUGUCAGGGCGGAGCCUGGGCCCCUCCCAGGACUACUGAGAGCGCUGUCCUCACAAAUGACCAAGCCGGUCAGUCAUUAGAGAGCCCCAGCCUGCCUAUCCAGGCCGCCGCGGGCCAGCUCACCACCCGGAGAUGCCAGGGCUCCGGCCCAAGUUAGGAGACAGAGGCCGAGUGCAGAUGGGCGAGGGGCAAGGAGGGGCCGGGGGCUGCAGUGGGGGCUUCUGCCUCUCCCCUCCUCCAGCCCCUGCAACAGCGGGAGGCCUGGCCCUGAAGUCAGGGGCCGUGGAGGGUCCGGGCCCCGGCUGUGUAUUCCCACCCAGAAAGCCCUGCCCGGGCCUCAGAUGCCACCCUAACUUCCGGUCAGGAAGAGUCGGAAGGGUCAGCCCGAGGCAGGCAGAGGCCUUGUUCCUCUCAGGAUCUGCUGGACAGGCCUCUGCCCUUCCUGGCCUGAGCCCCUGCCUCCUCAGCCUUAGUCCUGGGCGGUGAUGUGGAGUCCCUGUGGUUGCCAGGUGGGUGGCAGCUGGCCCUGGUCGCUCGGGGCUGGCACAUGGUCCUGUUGGGCCAGCCCUCCACUCACCCCACCAGGGCAGAGCCCCGGGGGCCCUGGGUCCCCCAAGGCCCUAGCUGUCUCGGGUGGCCCGGGGCGCCUCCUCUCGGGCCUGUCCCCCUCCCAGGCCCACGCUGGACGGCUCAGGUCGCAGACCCUGCAGGAGGGCCUCCCCGAGCUGCCUUUCAUCUCUCACCAAAGGCAGAUGCUGCGUUUUCAAACUCCGCUGCCCUCUUUUUGCCUCCUCUGUGUUUAUUUAUUUAUUUAUUUAUUUAUUUAUUUAUUGCUUGUGCUGAAGACCAAAAUAGCCUCCCUCUUCAGUGCCCUUGAAGCGGGAGGGUGGAUGGGGGGAGCCGUGUGUGCGGAGGCAGGCUCACGUGGUCCCUGGGGUGCGUGUGCCCGUGUGUGGGGCGUGGAACGUGCGAACCCGGUGAGUGUGCGCUGUGCCGUGUGUUGUGUGUGCGCCGAGCACGCGUGUCUGCUACGUGUGGCCUGUGUGCUGAGCGGGUGGGUGUACAAACCUGCUCCUGAGCCCGCCGCCCCCGGCAGUGGUAUUUCCGGGAAGUUCCUCGACAGCCUGGACCCAGUGGUGCAGAGGCUGGAGCUGGCUGAGGCGCCCUCCGCCCUGAGACGCUGAGCUGCUUACGUGGGGCGGGGCCUGGGGACAAAAUACGUGUGUGAGCACCGAGGCGUGAAUUCCCGUGUGGAAUCAUCUCAUCCAUGUGCCGGUAAAACGUGUCCAAUUAUGGCUUUUCCUGUAAGUGCCCGAGUGUACAUGGGAGUGCUGUGCAGAUGUGUGCCCGCGACGAGCUCCGUACGUGUGUGAACCUGGGCUGAUGGUGUCUAUACGUGAUGUAUACAUGUGUGUAAACGGACACAGGCUCACACAGUUAUGUGUGUAUCUACCCAGAGGUCUGUUUGUGUGCUCGUUGUAUACGCAGGCAUUGGUUUAAAUGUUCACCAGGCUGUGGGGCUGGGCACACAGUACUCAGGACGGACACCGGCCGUGGUCCCACCAGCCCUCUGCCCCGAUUCUGUCCACGUGGGCAGGCGUGGAGCACGUGUGACAGGGUGAGGCUUCUGUGUACCCGGGCACAAGGUGACAGCUACACGUGUAUGUGAGGACUUGGCCUCCAAAGGUGAGCGUUUGCACGCAGUUGCAUGUAGGAGGCCCGUGUGCAUUUGUCCACGAACGCACGUCCGUGUGUGUGCCGGGCUCCGUCAGCAGGGCUGUGCCUGCCUGCUGGGGGGGGCGUGUGUGCGUUCGCGGACCCGCCUGGGUCCCGGAGGUCGUGUGUCGAGACGGGCGAGUGUCUCAGAGCACGGCGCCCCCUGCCCCCCCGUACCUGCUGGUGCUGUGCCACCCUAGGGUCCUGGCGGGGGCAGGGGGCCUGGCGGGAAGGAGGCCCCUGCACAGGUCAAAUCGAUGUCAAAUCUAUCUUAAAUGGUGAAACUGGAGAAUUUUCAUGUUAUUUUCAAUACACAGCAGUAUCUAAAGACGUAGGCCACAAGACUAGACCGCAUUAAACCAUUUUGAUCUCUCGGAGUGCCACCGUGUGCAGACGUGUGUUUGAAAGGCCCCGCCUGGCGCGGCGGGUGCUGGUGCUCGUGCGGCCUUCACCCCCCCGGCCGUGUCCUGGGCUGGGGGGGCUCCCCAGAGGCCGGCGGGGGAGGGGAGAGAGGACAGAACUGGCCUCCUCGAGGACCCCCGCGUUCUUUUCAGGCCGUCGCACACGCCCUCACCCUCCCGCCCCCCGCCACCACCGUCCUCUCCACGCGGCCCGAGUGUGCCAGACCGCCCGCCUUGCCUGGACUCGCGCCCCUGCCUUGCCCCUCCCCGGGCCCGUGCUCCCCUUUCCUUUCUUCUGCAAGGGUUUGAUGAAGGCAGGGCAGGCGCGGUCUGGGCCCCCAGCUCGAGGCAGCCCUGCUUCUCACCGGCGGACAGGAAGCCGGGUGGCGUGCGGGCGCUGGGGUGGUUGAGGCUGGGGCGAUGGGGCCGGAGGGCAGGCAGGUGCCGCCGUCGCGGAGAGCAGCGUGCACGUGCACAGCCCGUUCCGGGCAAAGGAGAGCGUCGUCGCCCCGAGGGCUCCGGUGGCUUCUGGAAGUAGCCCCCAGGGAGAGAGUCCUUCCCUUUGCCCAAACAUUCCCUGAGUGGAGACCUCCUCUGUGUCAGUGAAGGACCGGGGCCCUCAUGCCGUGGGGUCCAGAUGACAUUCCAGACCACAGGAUAAGAAGCCGGGUGAUGGGAGGGGCUGGGGUGGUUGCGAGGACUUCCUGGCAGAUGUCCCAUGAGUCGGACCUGGAGAUGGUUGGCUUUAUGUGGGGUGGGGGCUUUCCUCCCCUGGCCCUGAAGCUUUCCCUGCGACCCCAAUACCGGAGUCUAAGCCAGUUGUGGCCUCCCCCGCUCCCCUGAGAGCUAUUUCCACAGCACUGACAGGUCCGGCCUCUGGGCAGGAGGACCUGGCCCCAGCCGGAGCUCAGGAGUCCCUCGGGGCCCGUCCUGGCUGGGACCCCGGGUCAGACGCCAGGCCACGCGCUUGCUCAGUGAUCUGGAGUAGUGGCUUCCUUUCUCCUCCGGCCUCAGUCUCUCCAUCAGUGGAAAAGGGUGUUCCUAACAACGGCCAGCUCCCAGAUUUCUUGAAAAGAAUGGAGGAAGAGAAGAGAAGCCCUUCGUGCAGCGAGUGCUUUGGACCCGUGCCCUCCUGUUUGAACACAGGUCUUCGGGUAGGGGUGACGCAGCCAGGACCCCCUCUGUGUGUGGCCAUCACCACUGGCUGCCUCUGCUCUCUCCUGCCUCCCUGAGGAUGAGAGAAUCCGCCUGAAAACCGGUACACGUGGGGUGGGCGGGGAAUCAGGAUCAGGGCCCGGGCUUCCUGUUCCGGAGGAAGUCGGUUCAGGGUCAGUGAGGGACUUGCCCAAGAGCAAUGGGAGGGUGGUUAUCUGAGCUGGGGUCAGAGCUAGGCCUCAAGCCCCCAGCCCCCGCUGCGGACUUCACGGACUUCACGUCUGCUCCUUUGACCCAGAUGCCUCCGCCCUCCCGGGCCGGAGGGAUAACCUGGCCAGAGGGUCUGCCCCGGUUUAUCCCCAGGUCCACCUCCUGCGACUUGGGAGGACGUCGGAAGUGGGCUUCUCUUCAGUGUCAAGGGGCCAAGGUCAGAGCGGUGGGGCCUCGAAGGACACCCCCAUCCCCCCACAGCCCACCCUCCACCCAGGACCAGAGGGGUCUCAAAACGAGAAUUAGGCCUUUUGGCCCCGCUGCCUGAAACCCUCCCUGUCUUCCUUCCACACUGGAACUGGAGUCCCCGCUGUUUCUCCAGCCCUGGAAUCUGCCCAUCCUGCCCCCUCCCCUGCUCCAGGCACCCUGCCUCGCUUCAGCUCCUUGAGAGCACGUUUUGCCCCUACCCCAGGACCUUUGCAGGGGCUGGUCCCUCUGCCUGGAUCCCUCUUCCCCCAGACCCGCCUCCCACCCUUCCCGGCCCCCGUGCUGAGGCUCCCCAAGGGCAGGGAUGGCCGUGUCUCUCGUCCACCCCUGCGUGCCCAGUGCCAAGAGCCGGGCUAGGAUGUGCUCCCUGUGUAUUCGUCUAACGGAUGGUGGGUGGAUGGAGGGCAGGCCCUGUGGGCUUCACCACCCAGAGGAGUGUCUUCAGGCCUCACCACCCUGCAGCCCCCCUUCACCUUCCCACUGACCCAGCUGGGCCAGAGCCCGGCCACCAGCCACGCUGAGGAGCGAGCAGCUCGGCCUGGGGCAGGAAGGGUGGAGAGCUUGCUGCUACAGGGGAUUUGAGCCCACCGAGGGCUCUGGGCCCUACUUUCUUCCCUCUCAGUGCUGCCGAGAAAGCACAGAAGUGGGCCGUCCUUACCCAAGCCUGGACUGGGGUCUCGACGGCCUUCUGCCUCCUAAAUGCUCAUGACCGGCCAUCUCUGGGCCUCAGUUUCCCUACGUGAGAAACGGGAGCUCCACCCAUUCCUUCAACAAGUGUUUACGAAUUGCCACUGUGUGCCAGGCAGGCAUUGGCGCUCUGGGAGGAAGCAGGGCAGGCCCAGCCCCUGACGUCAGUCUAGGGGCUCAGGGGACAGGCGUUCAACAUGUGAGUCCCCAGAAGUAGAGCCUGCAACAGGGAUUCGUGUGCGCGUGAUUCGCUGGGGGGUUGGGGGCGGGAAGCAGCAGAAGCAGGAGAGGAGCUGAAGGGCCCGGGUGGGUCCAGCUGACGGCCAGCUGGCCUGAGCCUGGGCUCGGGAAUGUGAGCUGUCCCACUUGCCGGCGGGGGCUGGGCUUUUGUACCCUCAGCAGCCAGCCUCUGGCUACUGCCACCCUGCCGGGCGGGGAGGUCCAGCCUCUCAGCCAUUUCGGGCCAAGGUGGCUCCUGUUGGCCCAGAAUGGUUCUCCAGGGAGGGGGCAGCUGAGAGCCAUUAGCAAAUGACACAGCACCUGGGUGCCCGGCUCAUCCUGGUAAAGGGGUUCAGGUGGCGCACAAGCCAGGCCUGCUGCAGCAGUAGCGAUGCAGUGCGGUCCCUGAGUGAGGGACACGAAAGGGUGCCAUGGGUAAAGCAAGGGGAGGCCUUGUUGCAGGGACCAAGGCGGGGGGGUCCUCCAAGGAAGUGACAUUUCCUCUGAGAUCUGAAGGGUGGGUAGAGGUUUGCCAGGUAUGUGGGGAGGAGCUUCCCAGAGAGAGAGAGAGAGACCAGCACUAGCAAAGGCCCUGGAGUAGGAGAGCUCAGGAAGAAGCAAAAGGAGCCGCUUGGCUGGGGCAGGGAAGGCCACCCAGGGCCCGUGGACCCCACGCAGGGCCCGGCCUCCUUCCCCAGCACCCAGCACCCCUCAGGCCUCCCUGGCAGCCUUGCUGCAUUGCCCUCCUCCUCCUGGAAAGCCAGCCUCUCCGGAGCGGGAGCUUUGGUUCUAUCUUGUUCACGACGGAGCCCCAGCACCCAGAACAGCCGGUGCCUGGCACCCCGUAGGGGCUCAGCUUUGGCUGCUCCCGCAAGAUGUGAAAGAACCGCAGGAAGUAAGAUGUCCGUAUUUGUUCUUGGCCUGUCCUGCGAGGGGCCGGGGGCCUUGCCGCAGGGCUGGCCGGGGUGGGAGGGUCCAGGAGGCCUCCUCCGUGUCGGCCAGGCUGUGAGGUGCCCGGGAGCCACUGCCUGCAGACUUUAACAUUUUUCUAUGCUGUGGUCUUCUUCUCAGAAUAACAUUUUGAAAUGCACAAAAUGAAAUACCUCUGGUUGCAGAGGAAACCCAUCCUCGUGCAAAGCAGUUACCAAAAUACAAACGAAAAAAUUUGUGGGAUAUUAAUAACCACAUUUCCUCACUAACCGCUGAUGCCAGCUUCCUGGUGGUGAGCACAGCCUCACUGUCGGGGGUCCCAGAAAGUCACUGACGAAGAAACCCCCCCCCCCCCUCAUUCUGCAGUCAGCAGAAUCGCCUCCAUCCAUAAAUGAAGAGGACGGCAAAUUUCCAUUUGAGGUGAGCAACACGGAGAUGGACAUGUUUCUCGUCCCAGUACAUAUGCCCUCGGGUUUUCCCCUGAGCCCUGGUGGGCGUGCGGGCCCGGGUUCAGGCCCUGCAGGCCCAGUGGUUUGGAGACAGGCUUGCUGCUGUCAGGCAGGACAGGGGAACUUUGCCGGCAGAGGCCCGAGAAUAAAUACCGUAGGCUUUGUGGCCGUGAGGUCUCUGGAAGCGGCGUGGCUCUGUUGUAGCAUGAAAGCAAACCCGUUAGUUAUUAGUUACUGUGUUCAAAUAAAACCUCAUUUAUGGACACUGACAUCCGAAUUUCAUAUAUUUUUCACAUGGCGCAAACUAUGACUCUUCCUUUGAUUCUGCCCCCACCCCACAAUCAUUAAAAAAAUGCAAAAACCAUUCUUAGCUAAAGGGCCAUACAGAAACAGGCUGUGGGCUACAUCAGAACCUCCCAGAGGGCUUCUUUAAACUCACAGCACCAUGAGUUCUGAUUCAUCUGGCCGGUGGCAGUCCCCAAAUGUGCAUUUCUAACAAGUUCCCAGGUGAUGUUAAGCAGUUAUGGGGGCCUCACCUUGAGAACUGCUGUUUUUCUGCCUGGGGGAAGGAGCCCCAGAGGUUUGUGUGUUGACCCCCUGCUCUGGCUCUCUCACACGGUUAUAACCCAUUCCGGGUGUGAGUUUAGGUGGCCGGCGUUCCCUACAGAGGUGUCGAGCCGAGGUAGCCCCUCUCUGAUGUAGGAGAGGAAAAAGAUUGUUUUCCCGUCUAUCCUCCUAGGUCCUUCAGCUGGUACCCUGCAAAGUGGACUGACAAAAGACAGAUGAACAAGGGAAAAACAAGCAGAAGUUUAUCAACAUAUCCAUAGCACAUACACAUGGGAGAACUCAGUGAUGAGUGGCUGACAAGGAUGGUUAGAACUUAGAAUGUCAACAGCGCUUUACGCGUGAGGAAACUGACGCGUGAGGAAACUGAGGCUCACGGAGAGGAAGGAGCGGGCCGGCCUCUCAGUGCUCAAGCCAGACCUCUGCACCUCGUUUCUGAUGCACCCUUUCUCUCCCUCACCUCCCACUCUAGUGCAAUACCCUGACCUUUAAAUUUUUAAAAUUUGUUUUCAGCCCCAAUACGUUUCUCCAUCCCGCUGCCACCACCCGUUCCAGGCCACUGUCCUCACUGACUUGGAUGAUUGCAGUUAUCUCCUCUCUGGUCCCCUGGGCCCCCUCGCCCUUCUCUACCUGCACAAAACUUUAGAGUCCCCUGGGCUUUGGGUCUGGGUGACCUGGGCUCCCUGACCCUGAUGGGUCCACUGGGGUGCUGCAUGAAGGCUCCUCCAGCAGGCAGAGAGUUUGGCUGCACCAAAAGGAGCACACCAGUUGCCUGGGUCCUGGCACCAACCUCUCUGAGUGACCUGCCGGCCCCAGGCCCUCCUUGAAACCUCAGUUUCCGACACAUGAGGAAUGAGGCUCUCUGAGGCCCUGGGUCAGGCCUGCAUGCUGAAGGGCUCUUCCUUUCCCUUCCCGGAUCGAUGCUUCUUCAGUGCUGAGGCCUGGGGUUGUUCUUAUUCCCUAGUGAGGCCCAGUGCAGAAAGUGAGCUGGAGCUUGGAGACCACAGCUCUGGGCCAGGGCAGGGCCCGAGGUUGUGUACUGUACAACCCCAGGAUGCCAUUCACAACCUACUCAGCCGUGCACAGCAAUGGCAACUGCUGAGGCCUCUUGCCUCUCCUUGCUGCCUGCGGGCUCCGUGGGGAGGGAUCUGCAGCAUGUAUGGCAAGUAUGGUUUGGGAUGCCCGGGGCCCAGAUGGGAGCUGCUCCUGCAGACACCAGCAACGUUUUUUUGUGAACCUACUGGCCAGCUGGAAAGUGUUUGAAAGGGUGGUGCGGCCUCCUUCCAUCACACACACAUAACCACAUACAGACCCACACAUACACAUGCACACACACCUAAUAUGUACACAAACACAUACACGCCCUAAACACACACACAACAGUGUACGUCGUAUUACACAGUAGUGCAAAAGAGCAGCCCCUGAUGCGUGCACCAAUGUGAAGGGGCCUCACAGUCACAAAUGGAGACGUGCUCGAGUUCUAGGAUAGACAUGACUCUGUGGGGAUAGAAGUCAGGCUAGGGGUUGCCUGUGGGAGCAGGUGGGCCAGUAACUGAGUGUUGGGGGUAGAACUGGGCGGAUUUGGACUCAGAGAACAGGCAGCACCUGGAUCUGGAGGGACGGCCCGACGAGGAGAGAGGUUUUGGGUCCACGUGUCCUGCCCAGCAAAGAACAGGUUUUUAUCAAUGUAUGCAUUGCACACACGGGACAGCUCAGUGAGGAAAAAAGAUAGAUAGAUAUGUACAUAGAUAGAUAGACAGACAGAAAAAGCAGACACAGACACAGAUAGGUAAAGUGACAGAACAAAAAACAUACAGCCUGAUAGAUGGACCAAGAGAUAGCAUCAGAAGGACGGACACAUAAACAGAUAUAUUAACAAAAGGACAGAAAGACAGAUGGACAACACGUAGAGAAAGAUGGGCAGGAAUAUGGAUCGAGAGAUACAGGUGGACUAACAGACAAGUGAGGCAGACAGACAGACAGUAAAACAGACGGACAGGUAGACAUGUACACACACAUCUGUACAUAGAGUCAUACACACACACAUGUAGAGACAGAGAGAGAUGCACAGCCAGUGGAACAGAGGGGCAGACAGCAUUUUUUUCCUCUUUUUUUUUUUCUGCCUUUGAAUAGAGUUCCUCUACUGGGGCCUCUGGGGACGAGGCCCUGUGUGGGGCACGGGCCCGAGAAAGCCACUCCCACAAGAGGCGCCAUUAUAAGCUGACUGUUAACUGGGAGCCUUGGAUUCUGGGUGAAACGUUUUGAUGACUUCGAAUGAUGUGAAGGGCAAAACAGGGUAGAUCUGACAUCUCGUAUGGCAUCAGAAUGCUUUCUGCUCUUUGAAUAUUUGACUAAGGAUAUACAUCAAGAAUUGUCAUAUUUUUAUUUUAUUUGUGCUUGUUUUUUGUUUAAGAGGAAACAUCCAGAAAAAUUCUACCCUGAAGCCUUUUUCCUGGAAUAUAUCUACUGGAACCAGCAGAGGGCAGGAAAUCAUUAGUCACUAGAUGGUGUUGCUUGGUCUGUGGACAGUAAAGUCAAGGGUUUCUUGAGCACUUGGUUAAUUAACUCUAGGAGCUGUGCACAGCCAUCUACCCUUAAUGAACGUGCCGAGUCGCCAGUAUUUAUAGCGCUCAGCGUUUGUGCUCUUUCUCAGCAAUGAGAUAUCAGAGGACACAGCUGUUCUUCAGAGCAGGGUGGAAAAUCAACAAAUAUCCACUCAGUAUUAACUUUAUGGAUGGUCCAAUGGGGUUAUAUUGGAUAGAAUAAAGAACAACCCAGAAUGAAUAUCCUACUGAGAUUACCAACUUUAAGCUUAUUCUUUUUCCUUUAUAUUGCAUUACUUACUAAACUCUGCAUUCACAGAAAUAAGUUGGCUGUUCAGAAAGAACGACUUUUGGAAGAUAAGGAAUCAAAGUGUAUCUGAGCUCCUUACAAUUGACGGCCCCCCAGCAAUGUGGUCUCUUCAUCCAAUUGCUGGCAACAAUUAGACAGGUACUCAUCAGUAUUUACAGGUGACCCCUCACCCCUCCACCGCCAACCCCCCCCCCCCCCCCGCCGUCAUCUCUAAUGUAAUUUGCAAUUAUAAAUGCAUCCUUAAGUUUUUACGACUUUGGAAUAAGUAGGGAUAGGCUGAUCUUAUCAUACGAAUAAGAUCAAGCAUGUUUCUCUUUGAACACGGAAAUUACGAAACAGAAGUAUUCCCGUUAAAAUUAGCUUAGAGUCAAUAAAGUCUGCUGGAAUACUGAUGAAUGUGAAGAGUUAAGAAACAAACAGGAGGACUCAAGCUAGAACAACGAGCAGACAAUACGGUGCUUCAGGUAAAGGAAGGCACUCCGUGCCCUCUUAAUGAACCUCACCCUGUCCCAAAGCUAGCCACACUUGCAUUCUCUAUUGGGCUUUGCCAGUUUCUGGACCUCCAAGCAAUGCAAACACACAUUAGGUACUUUUUUAUAUCUAGCUUUUCCACUCAAGGUUAUGUCUGUGAAACUCAUCCAUAUUAUUUCGUGCAGCAAUCAUUCAUUUCAUCAUUGCUAUGCACUAUUGUUUGAAUAUAUCAAAAUAUAUGUGUCUGUUCGAUUACUGGCAUAAAAUUUUUAAUUGUCUAAUUUUUCUAGCUUUUGCGUACUUGCACGUCUUUUCUUGGACAUAAGCCAUAAUCUCUGUCGGGCUGUGUCAGAGGGGGUACGUUUGUAUGCUCAGCUGUAUAAAUACUGCCAAGCAGUUUUCCAAAGUUGCUGUACUAAUUUACACUCCCAUCAGCGAUGCUUAUCUUGCCAGUUUUAAAAUAUUUUAUUUAGUCUGUUUAAUUUUAGUCAUUCUGAUGUGUGUGCUGUGUAUGACAUAUUCAUUUGAAUUUCCUGAACAGUAAUGUUGUAGGAUUGGCUGUCCGAGGCUUCUAAGCCAUUUGGUAUCAUCUUUUCUGAAGGGCUUGUUGAAACUUUUGAUUAUUUUUAAUUGGGCUCUCUUUAAAAAGAAAAUUGAUUUGUAGCAGUUCUUUAGACGUUCUGGGUAUGAAUCCUCUAUGGGAUAAAUGCAUUGCAAAUGCAUCGUUCCCGUUUGUGUCUAUUGUUUUUACCUAAAGUUCUUAAUCUUAACAAAGUCCAAUUUAGCAAUCUUUUACUUUAUGGUUGUUGCAUUUUUUGGGGUCCCAUUGGAGAACGCUUUUCUGACACCAAAUUCACAGAUGCUGUAACAGAAAGAAGACGCACUCCUAUGUUUUCUUCGAGAACCUCUGUAAUCCCACCUUUCGCCUGGGCAGGACCUUCUCCAAGGUCUGCGUCCCGGCUCUGCCAGGUGACGGCCCUUCCCCAAGGGCAUGGGCUCUGCGAGCCCGAGCCCUGUCCUUUGUUUCUGCGGCCUCGCAGGCGGCGCCAGCUCCCCGAGUGUGGUCUUUCUUGUCUCGGGUCCCCGCUGCGUGCUUCUCCAGCUCCCUACGUGCCCUGGUCUCUGUUAGACUAACUGGUACGGUUUCCGUUUUCCCAACUGGACAAUGACGAAACGAUUACUAACCUGGAAAAUGUAAACUAAAGCUACUUGCACUUCUCGUUACCUGUCUGAUGGGUAACAACUGAGAAGGUCAGCAAUAUCCAGGGGUGGUCAAACCAUGGGUAAAUAUAUAUACUUCUACGCUAUUUUGAGUACAUAUGAGUGCUAAUUUUUGAGGAGCCAUUUGGCGGUACAUAGUAAUAUUACAAUGUGUAUGGAUUUGACCCGUGAAUUUUCCUUCAUGCCACCCCUGCCUCUAGAGAAAGACGCUCACCUGAGUAGGAAGACUCUUACUGGCAUGAUCACCUACACGUGGUUUGGAUGUAAAUCGUCAUAACAGGACAGUUGUCAUACUGGCACCUCCGAUGUACAACAUGAGGUCGAUCUAUGCGGCCCGAACAGGGCAGAUAGGGUAUGAAAGUGUUGAUCUGUACAGAGAAGCAUCUGGUAUAGUUGUAUAAAAUUAUGGCCCACAAAUGAUCUUGUUCUGCUGAGGGUUCCAGGCACUAAACUCUCAGUUCAGUAGAUGAGUGGUGCCCUAGGUCAUCUGAUGUUUGUAGGGGACCGGGGCUCUCGUGGGGGUGCUGCUGGACCAGGGGACCACCCAGCUGUGAGGCCCCUGAAGCACGGACGCUGGCCAAGCCCGUAAAUUCAACACUGCUCAGAAUCUUUACUUGGUUGUUCUGGUCGUCCUAAUCAUGCCGUGAGCAAGUAUGUCCCCGGGCAGUCUGAGGGCUGGGGCACAGGAUAAGGGGGCUGCUGAAGGCCCAGCAGGUCGUGCACAGCGGCCUGCGUGGAUAGCUGGCAACACGGAGAGGUUUGCCUCCCAGCGUGGUUGCCCCGCUGCCGCUUCUGUGAUUAUGUCAUUUUACAGAGCGAAGGGAUUUUGCGGAUGUCACUAAAGUUCCUGAUCAAUGACCUUUGGAGGGAUAAGACCCCAGUGGGCCUAAUCUCAUCACACGAGCCCUUGCGAACUGACUGCUUUCUCUGGCUACAGGCACAAGGGCAAGUCCGGGGCGUCCGGAGCUCAGCUGAGAGGGAGCUGAGCUGUUAGGUGUAAGUGAUGAAAGCCACAAGCCACAAAUGGAAGCGCUAAAGCUUUAAUCACUUACUGUGAUGAACGACGCAAGCAUCUACAGCUGUUCCAUUUUCCCCCAGGAAGUGGUGCGCCUGUUGAGGGCUAGGUAGAGCAGAGCCGCGUGGGGGUCGUCUUACUGCAGGGGGGAGCUCAGCAAAAGGCUCUGUCGGUUCUACGGACCCAAGGCUGAGGGUGGGUGUGAGGGGGUGGGCUCGGAGUGGAAACGUCCUGGGUACCAAGUCAGAGUGGGGAAAGUGCCUUCAAGGUUUCCCCUCCUCCCCGAAGGAGGCCUCAUAGAGGCGCCUGGAGAAGACCCCUGUCCGAGGCUUCAGAUAAAGGGACCUGGGAAUGGAGGUGCUGGGGCUAGAAAUGUACAUUUGUGAGGAGCACUGCCAGCCAGGGGGCCUGAGCUCCUUGACUGUGGAGGGGAGCAAAAUCUGUCAUCCCAGAAUGUGUCUCUCUGGCAUGAGGAUUCAUUUAGGCUGAUUAUUUUAAGAAACAGAAGACUCAGGAAGUGUUUUGUUUUUGUUUUGUUUUUUUUUUUUUACCUCCCUCUUAGCUGCCUGUAGAAUUUAGAUAAAGGGUCUGUUCCUGGAACAGAGCUGUCACCAGAGAAAUCUGCAAAGAACGUGGGUUAUGUGUGGUGGGGAAACUCAGCAGAGCCUGGAGACCAGAGUCCAGUCUGCGUCCCACUUUCUCUGCAGGGCCCAGGAAACGGCGAUUUACCAAACAUCUGCAUGUCUGCCACGGGGUGAACUGUCUGCGUUCCCUUUGAAGCCCCAAAUCCCUACCCAACAUCCUCUAUGGUCUUAAGCUGAAGAUGGUAUUUAAGGUGAAGGUUUGGCCAUUGGCGAGUUACUCAGUUUCCCUGGGUCUCUUCCAUGUAUACAUGUUAUUAAAGUUUGUCUGAUUUUCUCUUGUUA